UAUAGACAUGAAUGCAUCGUAACGUGUAAAGGACGGGUUGUGUAUUCUACGGGAUUAAAUUACAACUAGGGCUGAUGUGACAUGUAAUACUUAUUAUGGGUGGCGGAUCUAGCAUCUUCACAAAGCAGGAGCUGGAGGAUUAUCAGGAACUGACAUAUUUUACAAAGAAAGAAAUUCACCAUGUUUUUAAAAGAUUCCAGAGCUUAGUAUUGGACGAUGAUGACGAAAGCGAUAGGGAAGUGACGAAACACACCAAACUAUCACGUGACGAUCUAUUUAAUCUUCCAGAACUCAAGGUGAACCCGUUUAAAGAUCGGAUCUUGAGGGUAUUUUCGUCCUCCAACGAUGAUAGCAUGACGUUUGAGGAUUUCCUCGAUAUGAUGUCCGUGUUCUGUGACCACGCCCCCUUGGCAAUCAAAGUAGAAUAUGCCUUCAGAAUUUAUGAUUUUGAUGAAGAUGAAGCAAUCGGUCGAGGUGAUUUAAAACAGGUGAUUGACAGAUUGACAGGUGAAAAAACUCUUGGAGAAGCUGACAUGGACCAACUUAUUAACUCCAUAAUGGAUGAGGCAGACCUGGAUAAUGAUGACGCAUUGUCGUUUGCCGAGUUCGAACAUGUGAUGACUAAAAACCCGGAGUUUGUCACGAGUUUCAGGAUUCGCAUGUAAAUAUACCUGUGACACCCAGCAUGACACUGAAACAUAUCUUUGAUGGUGUCUUGUGACGCCUGUAAAUAUUUCUAUCAUGACACGUCUUGAUAUCUUUAAGACGCCUGUAAAUAUUACUAUGUUGAUAUAUCUUUGUAAAAGACACGGAAGCCGGGUGGCCGACGCUGUAAAAAUGCUUUAGUAACAUUUUUACGGAAGCAAUAGACAGUCACUGUGUUAUAACAAUAGCAUAUUUUCUGAGGAAAUGUUUCUUUUCUGUGAUUUUUUUUUGUUCAGUUAUAAAAUUUGAAAUCCUGGCAUAUGCAAUUUUAAAGGCAAAAAUGCACUAUACAUUUUAGAAUGUGUGCAAUGUACCUACCACUAACUACUUAUUUUAUUGUGUCAGUCUGUGAAUGUUUACACACCUGUACAGUGUAUGUACCUGUAUGUACCAAAUGAUGUCUGUCAUUGUUAUCUAUCACCUCUAUCAAUUGUUGUACAGUACUGAUUAAAUCAAUAUUCUAUACAA